AUGGCGCCCUUGGUGACACUGGCGACUUGUGCGCUCAACCAGUGGAGUCUGGACUUUGAAGGAAAUCUGAGACGCAUCAAGCAGAGUAUCAUCAAAGCUAAGGAAGCCGGUGCGACUCUGCGCGUUGGCCCUGAAUUAGAAAUCCCUGGUUAUGGCUGCUUGGAUCACUUCUUGGAGACAGAAGUCUAUGAGCACUCAUGGGACUCACUCUACUCCAUCCUGACUGAUGAAACUUUGCAUGGGAUCAUGAUUGAUGUAGGAUUGCCUCUGCUCCAUCGGAAUUGCAGAUACAAUGCCCGCGCCAUCAUCCUCGAUGGGAAGAUCCUAUGUCUUCGCCCAAAGUUGUACCUUGCCAAUGAUGGAAACUUCCGCGAGAUGCGUUUCUUCACACCAUGGAAUCGACCUCGCCAUGUGGAGCAGUACUAUCUCCCACCGAAAAUUCAGAAGCAUCAGGGAUGUCGACAUGUCCCGAUCGGUGAUGUUGUUCUCUCGACAAUUGACACGUGCCUGGCAGCGGAGACCUGCGAGGAGCUAUUCACGCCUAAUAGUCCCCACAUCAAUAUGGGUCUGAAUGGUGUUGAAAUCUUCACCAACAGUAGUGGAAGUCACCACUCUCUUCGCAAGCUAGAUGAACGAAUUGCUCUCAUUCAAGAAGCUACUCGUAAGAAUGGUGGCGUCUACUUGUACUCCAACCAACUGGGAUGUGAUGGAGAUCGGCUGUACUAUGAUGGAUGUGCUAUGAUCUUCGUGAAUGGCGAUAUCGUCGGCCAAUCGAGCCAAUUCUCUCUAAAUGAGGUUGAGGUCAUUGUUGCAACUGUUGACUUGGAGAAAGUCCGGGCUUAUCGAUUUGCCCCUUCGCGUGGAAUGCAGGCAGUGGCAGCGCCGGAAUACCAGCGUAUUGAGGUUGACUUCUCCCUCUCCCACGAGAAUCUUGAUCUCGGUCUUGGACCUACUGCUGCCCGACCAGCCCGCUACCAUCUCCCGGAGGAGGAAAUUGCUCUUGGACCUGCCUGUUGGCUUUGGGAUUACCUCCGUCGCUCGAAGGCCGCUGGAUUCUUUGUCCCACUGUCUGGCGGAAUUGAUAGUUGUGCUACCGCUACAAUCGUCUACUCCAUGUGUCGCCUGGUCAUUGCCGCAAUCAAAGAUGGUAAUGAAGAGGUGAUCGCCGAUGUCAAACGUAUUGCAGCGUACUCGGAAAAGUUGCCUGAGACAGCCGAGGAGUUGUGUAACCAAAUUUUCUGCACCUGUUACAUGGGAAUGGAGAACCAGAGCAGCAAGGAAACACGGGACCGCUCGAAGGCACUCUCUGAGCGUAUCGGUUCGUAUCAUACUGAUGUCAAUAUUGAUGAUAUGUUCCACUCUACAAAGAACAUUCUCACCCAGGCUACGGGCUUUACGCCAAAGUUCAAGGUCCAUGGUGGCUCUCAAACAUCCAAUCUUGCUCUGCAGAAUAUUCAGGCACGAUCGCGCAUGGUUCUUGCUUACUAUUUUGCUCAGGAAUUGUGUGAAGUUCGAGGACGGCCCAAAGGCGGCUCUUUGCUGGUGCUUGGAAGUUCCAAUGUUGAUGAAUGUCUUCGUGGAUAUCUGACCAAAUACGACUGCUCUUCCGCUGACAUCAACCCCAUUGGUUCGAUCAGUAAGGUCGAUUUGAAAAGAUUUAUUGGUUGGGCCUCGAAGGAUUUCGAUAUGCCAAUCCUGGUCGAUUUCCUAGACGCCAUCCCGACGGCAGAACUGGAGCCUAUUACGGCGAACUACGUGCAAAGCGACGAGGUGGACAUGCAGAUGACCUACGCAGAACUUUCUCGCUUUGGAUACCUGCGCAAAGUGGAUCAUCUUGGACCAUAUGGAAUGUUCCUCCGUCUCCUGGAUGAGUGGGGUGGUGAGGGAGAAGGGAAACUUAGCCCGGCCGAGAUUGCUCGGAAAGUGAAAUUAUUCUUUCACUUCUAUCAGAUUAACCGUCAUAAGCAGACCGUUGCCACCCCUGCCUACCACGCGGAAAGUUACAGCCCGGAUGAUCAUCGAUUUGAUCUGAGACCGUUUGUCUACCCUCCUGGAUUUGAGAGUUGGUCAUUUAAGAAAAUCGAUGUGCGGGUGGAGGCCUUAGCACAGAGACAGAAGCAAAGACAGGGAUCCACGUGA